AUGGUCAUAACAAACAACAAAGAUACUUUGACUUCAACACCUGUGACUGCCGCCACCUCCACCUCCAACAACACGAUGUUGAAACUUUCGCUUGCUGACCUGGGUGACUCCAACAAGGAGAAUGACUUUAACCAGAACAACAUCAUAUCACUUUCCUCCACCCAUCCACCAAUCGGCAAGUUGUCUCCGCCAUUGACCACCACAAUAAUGGCACCAGUCCAGAGGAUGUCGCCACGCAAUCACCACCAACAUCAACACCAACAUCACCAACAACAACAACAAUAUCACGGCUAUCCGACUGGCUCUACAUUGUUCAAUCAACAACAUCAACAUCAUCAACAACAACAACCACAGAUAAUAAUACCAUCCAGUACCAAUCCAUUCAGCAACUCGAUAACCUACACCGCCAAGCCAACCGAUUCGUCUUCAACUUCCACAUCCACACAUCUAAAGCCACUCAAACCUAACAGUAUCUUGAGCCAGUCAAUGCCAUCGUUGACCUUUGCCUUCCAACAACAUCAACAUCAACAACAACAACACUCGACACCCAACACAACACCCCGCAUGUUUGGAAUGAUCACCGAGGAGUGUGGCGCAGAGUCGGCGUCGCAACCAACACCCAUCAAGAGUCCAGGCGCAGAUGCUGCAGCUGGCGGAGUCGAAGCCGAGUGCGACAUUGAUGGCAAGCCAUUGAAGAAGCAUCGCAACUCACAGAACAUCUACCUGUCGCAGUUCACCAAUCUCUCGAUCAAUCAGGGUACCAACUCGCCACUGUCACGAUCGGUGUCCGACUUGCCCAAGAUGGAUCUGAGCGACUCGGACCUGCUGCCACGCUCCGUCUCCUGUCAUGGCGGCGAGAUGUUUAGACGCGACAGCAAGCAGCUCAACUUUGAUCGUCGCUCAUAUAGCGGAGCCAAGCACUCACCUGCCAGUGGCGUCAUGUUCCAGAACUCUAUCUCGUCACCGCCCUCGCCGCACAUGGGUGCCAACAGGCUGUCGCCCACGCCGGGAGUUGAGCCGUUCUCAUUGAGUGCGCCCAACUCCUUCCUCUUGACCUCGUAUCCACGCAGCCCGGAGCCCUCUCCAGCCACCGUUCUGUUCAAUACGAGCGAGGACCAAGGUACACCGGUCAAGUUUGUGCAGGCGCCCAACUUCCUCCAUCUUGAGUCGGACCAGGCAUCGCCACCAGCCUCCUCUCCUCCACCAUCAACGCCCAACAUCCACAUUGUUGAGGCCAACAAUAACGUGGAGGCUUCACCCUACAAGACACCAUCCAAGGUGAACAUGUUGUCCAAGUCCACUGGCAGCUCGUCAAAAUCGUUCUCUGGCUAUGUGCCGCGACCCGAUGCAGAGGCCUCGCAGAACCAGCAGAACAUCUUGCACUCAUUGAAGAGCUACAACAGCUCAGGCAUCAACAAGAUGAAGAAGAGGACGAGAUAUGACCAACGAUCAUUGGCAGGCGACACUCUCGAGGGUGGCAGCAACAGUGGCGGUUACUUUGAUGGUAGCUGCAACAACAAUGAGGACAAUGUCAACAAGACUACAUCGACCACUUCGACGACCAGCACCACGACCACAAGUCAGUGGAUCAAGGCGUCGCCAAAGUCAAAGCCACUACCAUUUGACAACAACAGCACCAACAACUUGAGCGACGACUGUCUCAAUGGUGCAGACACUGGCUGCCUUCUCGACCAAGAUGACUACAAGUUGAAGUUGCCAAUUUGCAAUGGAAAGCCAGGUUAUAACAAUAUUUUACCAGAGACUUUAUCAGAGUUGAUGGACGAUGUAAAUAAACACAUAACUGUGAUCGACUGCCGAUAUGCCUACGAAUACAAUGGUGGACAUAUUAACAACGCCAUUAAUAUUCCACCCAGCGCUUCCGAGUCGGCCCUCAGGAAGUACUUCUUCCCGCCAAAGGAGCAUCAGAAGAAGAUGAUCAUCAUCUUCCACUGUGAAUUCUCCUCAAAGAGAGCACCCGAUUGCUACACCAAGUUCAGAGACUUGGACAGGACCUUUAAUGAAUAUCCCAAUGUUCACUAUCCAGAGACCUACCUGCUUUCUGGAGGCUACAAACGAUUCUUUGAAUGCUUCCCACAAAAAUGUUUCUUGGAGGCAUAUAUUAAGAUGGAUGAUCCCAAGUUUGCUGCAGAGAAGAAGAAGGAAGAGGAGAAAAAGAAGAAGGAGGAGGAGAUCAAGAAGAGAUUGGGCCGAUCCAAGUCUGUCUUGUUUUGA